UUUUAAUGGUAAUCAAAAAUAAAGCUACACUGAUCAAUAUAAAAAGCGUCUUCGGUUGUUAAAUAGUUGGAGAUUCAGACAUUCAACAAAGCGCUUUUUUUCCCAGGCAGAAAUAUGUGCCUCUGGAAGCUAAAUUUGAACCACAUGAUCUGAAAUGGAAUUACUAAAGUUCAAAAAGUUCAUUAAAAAUUGAACUUGGAAUACAUCAUUUGAAAUUGGAACUGAAUUAAAUUGUAACCUAAUAAAUUCCAAUUCAAAAUAGACUAUAUAUAUUGGGAUUGUGGUGGAAACCAUUUUCACCAGUACAUUUUUAUUUGAAUCUGGCUACUUGUAAGUGGUGCACAUGGUAAUUUAACCAAAAUAUAUUAUUGACUAAAGAAUUAACUUACAGUACGUACAAAUCAGAAUGUUUUAAAAGUUAGAUUAAUAUUUGACAUUCAUACACAGUUAAUGUGGAUUACAUAUUCACAGCUGACUGUAUGCUGACAGUAAAUACCGUAGUUACACCACUAGAUGGGCAUCACAAAACACUGACGAUGGCGACGACAGGAGCAGAACUGACAGAAAAAGUAGAAAUUAGUUUAUUUAGGUCCGCCUCUGUGAACUGGAUGUAUGCCGAAUUUAAUGGUGCCUUCCAAAAAGCUAUAUAAUGUUUUAAUCUUUGCUCUACUGGGAAAUAAUCUUUGCUCAUUGGCAAUAAACAUUACGAUGGUUUUUUUUUUAAUGGAAUACGGCGCGAAUCAGUGCCAAGUCUCUCGCUGUUGUAUAAAUCAGUAAAUGAACAGCUGACACCGAGUGGGAGGCAGAGUGGGGGCAAUGGAAGCCACUCGACAGCUAUUAAAAGUGUAGCUUGAAUUAAAAUCUGUCUUCAGUGGAUAAAAUCAGCUGUGUGUGAACUGCCGCUGCUGCGACUGGAACGCGCUCCGUGUGUCAGUGUGGAGCUCACUCCGCGUCCGUGACAGCUCCUCCUGCCGUCGAGCUGCGAGGUGCUCGUUUCCAGCUUCCUCCUCUCCGAACGGGAAGUUUUUUUUAUGACUUGAGUCAUAUGAUGUGACCGGAGGGAAGCAGGAAUACGCCUGUCGGAGAGGACCCACGGGCUUUCCCCGCAGAAACAACAGCAAGUCUCCGCAAAGAGGAACACGUUCACCGCCUAACGAAAGUUAGCCGAGCACGGUGAUGUCAACGUCGGAACCGAAACUCCGUCACACUAGCAGCUUCCCUAGCCACGACAGUCACUUCUAGCUGUACUGUAGCUACUGUAAUGUGAUGUAACAUAGCAAAUAUUUAGUAAUGUGGAGUAACAACCCGAGUGACUACAGUACAAGUUUAGUCGUUUCUCUCCAUAGAGCUGUAGGCAGCAGUCUGACCGGUAGAAGAUGAGCCCGGCUCGGUUCUGACGGACUGCACUGACUGACCUCAAUGCACGUCAAGUCUCCAGCUGGAAAACGGCACCUCAAAGACCAUGGUUAACAAAGAGGAACUGGAAGAAAGGUUGAAGAAACUCCUGGUGAGGCUGAAUACUCCCCAGAAGGACAGACAGUUGGAUAAUCUGAUUCAAAUCAUCCACGAUCUUCUUUUCCUGGCGCACACCGACCAUGCUGCUGAACUGUUUGAAGGCAAAAAUGUCCAUGUCCCCCUCAUGGCGGUGCUGUCAUCCUACAUCAACAGCAAAGGAGUCCAGCAGGCAGGCUGGUCUUUGCUGUGUCAGCUGAUUGAAAUAUGUCCCAGUACGCUGGAGCAGCUAACCAUACCUCUGCAGGCAGCCAAAGAGUGGGAGGUACUGGGAGUGCACCAGCAGAUUCUGAAGGUUCUAUCUCAGUACAGUGCAGACUGUCGAGUGACAAUGGUUGGACUCAGAGCCCUGUCACUGCUGCUCAGAUCAGACGUGAUUCCUCUGCUGGUGCUGGAGGAGGAAGAGGAUGCGUUUGCCCUGGUGGUGCAGGCGAUGAAGACGUUUCCUACCAGUGAAGAGGUGCAGCUCCAAGGCCUCAAAGCUCUGCAGCUGCUCCUGGAGAGAGUAAGUAACGACCACCUAGUGGAGUUUGUGGAGAACCAGGAUCAUGUUGUGGUUCUGGCGGCUCUACAGAGGUUCCCAGACAGCCCAGAGCUGCUCCUGCAGGCUUUGAAAGUACUGCUUCCUCUGGCUCAUCCUGGUAGUAACGUGGAGGUGUUCAUGUCAGGAGGUACUCGGUGCUACAGCCUGAUCAUCACCGCCAUGGACGCCUUCCCUGAGGUGGAGGAGCUGCAGGAGACGGCCUGCUGCCUGUUCAGGAGGUUUACAUCAGAGAGUUACUAUAGCAUCCUGGUGCUAAAUGGUGUCCAGAGGGUUGCAGUGAGAGCCUGUCAGACUUUCCCCGACAACGCUACGCUGCAAGCCGCCGCUCUCUCCUGCCUGGCUGACCUCACUGCAACCAUCGUGCAGAACAAAGCGGUGGCUGAGCAGGGUCUGGAGGACGGCGAAGAAGAAGAGAACAGGGGUAAGGAGGAGGUGGAGGACAUGGGCCUGGGCUGGAUGGAGGACUGCUGUACAGCGCUGGAGCUCCACGCUGAUGAACCAGCAGUUCAGGAAGCUGCAAGCUGGGCCAUCCACAACCUGUUGGUGCAUGGAGCCGGAGUGAACCAUUCAGAGGAGGAGCAGGAUGGAAGGACUCCUGUUCAUCGACAGCUAAUGGCGGCCAUGCUGCUCCACUCCUCCUCUCCCAGUGUGUUUAAAGCUGCUACCAGUGCCAUCGCCACACUCAUCACAAACAACAGUAAAAUGCGUUCUCUGCUGUUGUCCAGCGGCCUUCAUGUUAAUUUGGUGGAGAUGAUGAAGAGACAUUCAACCUCAGCAGAGGUUUCCAUCAGCGCCUGCAAACUUUUACACUUGCUCUUUCAGGGAAGGACGGCCAGUCUGGAUGAGCUAAACAUGGCCAUGAGCCAGAUUCUCAGCACCAUGAAGGUCCACAACUUUGAGCCAGAGGUCCAGCUGGAGGCUCUGCAGGCCAGUUUGGUCUUCCUUUGCCCAGACAGGAGUUUAAGGGAGCAUGGCAUUUUGGUUGCAGACCCUGACAUGGCCGAUGUGUCACUGAAGGUCCUGAAAAACCAGUGUGUGGUGGAAGGAGCUCACACUCUCUAUUUGGAAGUUCUCAAUAGGUUCAUCAGCUGCUACACCAUACAGAAGUGUGGUUUGAAGGUGCUGUCCUCUCUGGCUGACUGCUCUGGUGCAGUGGACCUUCUGUGUCAGCAGGGGGCGAUAGACACAGUACUGCAUACACUACAAAUGUUCCCACAGGAACGAGAGAUACACUACUGGGGUCUGACCCUGCUCAACUACCUCGUGUCCAAGAAGAAGCUGUCGAGGAUGAUCGUACCUGUUCUGGCCUCCGUUGUGGUCGCCUCUCUCAUUCAGUACAGAGAAGACUCCGAGAUGCUGCUGAAGUGUUUUCAGGUGGCCUUGAGGAUGCUGGAUGCCUGUUCAGGAGCAGCUGCUCAACUGCAGAGAGAAGACUUUGACAGGCAGAUCUUCCAACACCUCAGAGAGGAGAGUGACCAGAGCAUCAACCCUCUCCGGAAGUCGAUGUGCCUGGCUCUGGCCAAAAUGUGGUGUGACUCUGAGCUACACUACAGCAUGCUGGAAAAGGCCUGCAAGGACGGAAAUACGAUGAUGGCCGAGUGUCUCAUCGAGCUGGGCGCUGACAUCAACAGGAAGACAAAAACAGACUCUCUCAUUUACCAGGUGUGUGAGAGAGGCGGACCUCUGGAACUGGUGGAGCUCCUGCUCAGCCGAGGCACCCACGAGCAGCACCUCCGCAGGGCUCUGGCUGUGAGUGUGAAGAGGGGUGACGGGCCCACAGUGAUCCAGCUGCUGGGCCGGCUCGGUCUGGACCUCAACAAUAGUGCUCUGUGCCUGGGUGGCUUCAGGCUGGGCCACCUGGAUGCUGCUUGGCUGAGCCCCCUGAUGGCCGAAAGAGGCAGAACUCACAGUCUACGUUACAACAGUAAAGGUGUGAGUUUGGCACGGUACAUCCAGUCUUUUCACAGGCCCAAGAACGGCAGUGGUCCUCUCAGGUCGAUACCUGACCCUUGUCUGACCUCAGGCUACAUUUCUGACGAGAGUGACGACUCCAGCUUCAGCAUUUUCUCCGGGGAAGACGGCCUGUUUCCCAACGACGACAUGGAGAGUGACGGAAGUGAUUCACUAUUCGGUGCUCUGUCUCCAAAGUCACAUAACAACUCAGCAGAGGAGCUGAGGGGAGAAUCUGUCAAAAGGAAGCAGGGACGUCGCAGACAUGCCAGCGCAGAGAGUGGUCAAACUGAGAAUGAAAACAGUGAGUCUAUACAUAGAAGAUAUGGAAGGACUGGAUCAAGCCAAAAAGUACUUGGCUCUGGUGAGAACUCUGCUGCUCUGCCCAAAGAGAGGGAGAGGAUCCGCCUGCUGGAUUUGUCAGGGAAUGAGUUGGACUCUCUGUCUUGUCUAAUGGACGAUGGUUUCGUCCAGCAGCAGCUGUGGCAUCUUCUCCGCCUGGACCUGAGCCACAACAGUCUCCCAGAGUUUCCCUCUGCACUGUGCCAGAGUUUGAAGAGUCUGACUCGACUGGACCUGCAGGGGAACCAGCUUCAGUCGCUGCCUGAAGAGCUGCUGUCUCUGCCCUCACUGAGCAUGUUGAACGUCUCCCGUAACUGUGUGGGCCCACUGCUCACCUUUGACCCUGCUGUCACCUGCCCAUCACUGAAACAGCUCAACCUUUCUUGCAACAAAAUCACCACAUUCCCUCAUGAGCUGGGCAGCACUAUGAGACAGCUGGAGGAGCUGUUCAUGGAAGGUAACAGUAUAACUGAGCUGUGCAUGGCUCUGUGUCUGCCGGAGAUCAAGCUUCUCGAUGUGAGCAAGAACAGCGUGGAGAAUAUUUCUGCAGACUUCCUGAGCAGCUGCCCCAAACUUGAAACAUUUAAUGCUUCCAUGAACAAAAUCUGUUCCCUAUCACAUCUGCCAUCCAAGAUCACAACGCUGAAACUAGCAAACAACAGCUUCACUUACAUUUCUGAGGCUAUACUUGAUGUCACAAACCUGCGGUCAAUAGACAUGAGGACCAACAAUAUUGCUGUUCUGCCUGGCCCGGGGCGAUGGGUGUCCAGCAACAUCAGAGAGCUGAUAUUUAGUCAAAACUGUAUUAAAGCUCUGGAUCUGAGUGGUCCAAUCUACAAAUGGACCAGACUGGAGAAACUCCACCUGAGUGACAACAAGCUAACUGAGAUCCCUCCACAGAUCGGCUUGUUGGAAGGCCUCACCUCCCUGGAUGUGAGUCAUAACACCGGCCUGCGGUCUUUCCCAGAUGAGAUGGGAAAACUGGGCAGACUGUGGGACCUACCACUGGACGGACUAAAGCUGCAGCUGAACCUCAAACUCAUCGGCAGCAAGACCAAAGACAUAGUCAGGUUCCUGCAGCAGCGGCUGAAGAAGGCAGUACCGUACUACCGGAUGAAGCUCAUCGUGGUGGGGAAUGCAGGCAGCGGGAAGACCACCCUGAUCCAGCAGCUGAUGAAGCUGAAGCGCACCCAGUUGAACUCUAAGCAGGGCGCUGCUGGCAUUGAUGUCCAGGACUGGACCAUCAGGGAACGGGACAAGAAGAAAAUGGUGCUGAAUGUCUGGGACUUUUCAGGUGGAGAAGAGUUCAGUGGUUCUCACCCUCACUUCCUAACACCCAGAGCUCUGUACCUGGUAGUGUACAACCUCAGCAAAGGAGCCAGUCAGGUGGAUGCUCUCAAGCCAUGGCUCUUCAACAUCAAAGCAGUAGCUCCAUUGUCUCCAGUCAUUCUGGUAGGAACCCACACAGAUGUGAGCGAUGAGUUGCAGCUGCAGGCCUGCCUACACAAAAUCAGAGAGGAGCUGCUGCACCAUCAGGGCUUUCCUACUGUCAUGGAUUGUCACAUGGUCUCUGUCUGCGAGGACUCGGACACCAUGGCCAAACUCCGCAAGACCAUCGAAAGGGAGGUUACCAACUUCAAGAUCCAGGGUCAGCCUGUGAUGGGCCAGCUGGUGCCAGACAGCUACGUAGAGCUGGAGCGCCGGGUUCUCCAGGAGAGAAAGAGGGUUUCCUCUGAGUUCCCCGUCCUCAGGCACCGAGAGCUGCUGCAGCUCAUUCAGGAGAGUCAGCUGCAGCUGGAGGAAGCAGAGCUGCCCCAUGCCAUCCACUUCCUCAGUGAAGUCGGGGUUCUGUUGCACUUUGAUGAUCCUGCACUUCAGCUUCAAGAGCUCUAUUUUAUCGACCCACAGUGGCUGUGCAACAUCCUCUCACAGAGACUGACAUUAAGGAGCAGUGGAUUUUCGGAGCAUCCGAAAGGGCUUGUUCAGCGCUCAGUUGUGGAAAGGUUCCUGUUUGAGACCAAAUGUUUCCCAAAGAGCCACCGGACACAGUUCUUCAAACUGUUGGAGAAGUUCCAGAUUGCACUUCCGUUCGGCGAGGACCAGCUGCUGAUACCCAGCAGUUUGUCCAAACACAGACCAGUCAUAGAGCUGCCUCACUGUGAGAACUCAGAGGUGAUUGUGCGUCUGUAUGAGAUGCCGUACUUCCCCAUGGAUUACUGGUCACGGCAGAUCAGUCGCCUACUGGAGUUCUCUUCCUAUUUGCUUUGUGGAAGAGAAAAAGUGCUUCGACCCAACCGGAUCUACUGGAGGAGAGGCAUUUACCUGAACUGGUCCCCUGAAGCGUACUGUCUGGUAGAGGCUGCCUCAGUGGAGGAAAGUCCCUCCAGCUUUGUCAGAAUAACUGUGCCUUCUUCACGCAAAGGCCGGGUGUUACUGGGUCAGCUGGUGGAUCACAUCGACUCCCUGCUGGAGGAGUGGUUUCCUGGCCUGCUCAACACUGACAUGCACGGCAACGGAGAACCUCUGAUAAAGAGGUGGGCUCUGUACAGCUUUGAGGACGGACAAGAGUGGAACAAGAUCCUGCUGGAAAACCUCUUCACGUAUUUUGAAAAGAUUUUUUUGCUGGUGAGUCCAGAGGAUCCGUGCUGCACACUUCCCAUCUCUCAGGUUGCCCCUGACUUGGUAUUAAGUGACCAGCCUGCUGGAACAAUACUGGACGGUGAAGAGCUGAAUGUAGAGCUUUCUACAGAAAACCGACUUGGGGAUGGCGGCUUUGGAACUGUUUAUCGAGGUGUCUAUAAAAAUGAAGAAGUAGCCGUAAAGAUUUUCAACAAGCAUGCAUCAGAGCUUUAUGUCUACAGACUCCUCAGACAGGAAUUGGCGGUGUUGGGCCGUCUCCGUCACCCCAGCCUGGUGGGCUUGCUGGCAGCAGGCUCAACUCCUCAGGUCCUGGUGAUGGAGCUGGCUCUCCGAGGCUCUCUAGAUGCCCUUUUUCAACAUGAGAAUGGCAGCCUCAACCAAAAGCUCCAGCAGAGGAUCGCCUUGCAGGUGGCAGAUGGACUCAGAUACCUGCACUCAGCCAUGAUCAUCUAUCGGGAUCUGAAGCCCCACAACGUCCUCCUGUUCAACCUGAAGACUGACUCCGAGACCAUCGCCAAAAUCACAGAUUAUGGCAUCGCUCAGUACUGCUGCAGCAUGGGAGUGAGGAGCUCAGAGGGCACACCAGGUUUCCGAGCACCAGAGGUUGCCCGAGGUAAUGUGAUCUAUAACCAGCAGGCUGAUGUGUUCUCAUUCGGCCUGCUGCUCUACGACCUGCUGACCUGUGGUGAGCGUAUUUCUGAUGGCAUGAAGUUCCCCAGUGAGUUUGAUGAAAUCGCAGUGCAGGGAAAACUGCCAGUCAUAGUCAUUUCCUGUCCUGUCCUUUGCCCUUUGUAUAGAUCCAGUCGAAACACUACGGUUGCUCACCCUUGGCCCGGCUUUCAGGCGCUGAUGAAGGACUGUCUGAGGCAAAGUCCACAGGAUCGACCCACUUCUGCUCAGGUGUUUGACAGGCUGAAUUCAGGUGAAAUGCUGUGUCUAAUGAGGAAGCUUUGUGGUCCCUCGGUGUUCAAUGGUGAAUGCUUCACACUGAGCUCUGGCACCAGUGAUGGCUCCUCCUCCCAGAUUACGGCCUGGCUCGGUGGUGGCAGCAGCACCAAGAAGCUGGGCUCCAUCACAGCAGUGGACCUGGACACUAACCACAGUCACUACACAGGUACUACAGACUGUUACAACAAAGGAACUAGGAAGGUGGACACCAGCCCCGUCCUGUGCCUCGUGUCUGUCCAAAUCCCAAACGAUCCCUGUGAUUGGCUGGUAGCAGGCACUCAGUCCUGGCUCAUUAGUGGUCAUGAGCACUGGGGCACCACGACUUGGCACCACCUGCAGAGUGUCACUGACGCUGUCACCUCACUGUACUUCCACGUGCACCCUCGUGGAACCCAGAGAAAGAAUUAUUUGCUGGUCGGAACAGCAGAUGGAAUUCUCAGUGGUUUAACGAGGACUCUGUUCUUAAGGCAGGAGAAUGGCCAGCCAGUUAAACUCUCACUGUGGGGCAACGUCAACACUCCCGUCAUGUGUUUGGGCCAGUCGGUGUAUUCGCCGGACAGCAGGUCUGGUGGGCCGGCUGUGGGACUGAAGAUCCUCUCCUUCACCGCCGACUAUGAUGUCUGCAAGUCCAUCGACACAAGACCAAGCCUCACCUUCCACGGAUUAUUGAGCAGCGAGGCGUGUGUGUCUCGUAUGGUUGUGGAUAAAAAUGUAUACCUGGGCAAAGCUGGGACAACCACCGUUGAGGUUUGGGACAAGAGGAGUGACAGGAUGGUGGACUGCAUCGACUGUGCUCACAUUAUUAGAGGCAGGCAUGGCCACAAAGCGGAGCUUCCCACAGUGGCAUCACCCUCCUGGGCCACAGUAAAGGCCCUGCUGGUGCAGAGCGCUGCAACUCUGUGGAUUGGCACUAGAGGGGGCCACCUACUGCUGCUGGAACUGUCCAAACACCAGACGCUGCUGAUCACAGGGCCUCAAUGUGAUUCCAUCCGCUGCAUCGCCUCUACACUCAUACAAACACUAAACUGGAAGAAUGUGGUGCUGGUUUUGGGACGAAGACUCCCACAAGACAAGAAUCAACGUGAUGAGGAGUCUGUGCUGAUGGUGUGGAACAGCAUGCUGCCGAUGGAGGUCAAAGACCUGACAAAGCACUGCGAGAAGAGAGAGCAGAUCGCAGCCAAAAUGAGAGAGCAGCUCCAUCACGACUGAGCCCUCAGAACAUUUGUCGAAAAGGGAUUACCUCUCCAGUGCAUCAAUGUGUCGACAGUACACACUGAAGGGAGACGUUUUACCUCCGUUUCUGACAGCCAUACACUCACUACACUGCCCUGAAGACAAAUUACUAAUGAGGAGAGCACAUUGCAGUGAUCAAUCAAAAGAAUCAGAUUCAAGAUCAUUUUCUUGUUUUGAUGACGCACACUUCGAGUACCCCAUAUUUUCCCAGACAUCUUUGAAGAGACAUUUUUCUAAAGGGACACAGAUGGUUUCAUUUGUCCAUUUAUCCGCGCUGAGAGCAGUGCAGAUGUUCAAAAGACCUCCUGCUCCUGAUGAUUGCAGGUUUUGUUUACCUGUAAUAAGAUGGGGGAAAAAACAGCAACUAGGAAGAAAGCCAAAGGAAAAAAAGCCUCUAAAAGUGUACAUUUAUUUAUUUUAAUGUUGAUGUUCAUGUGUGUGUGUGUGUUUACCAGUGAGCUCAGUCACUACACAUCAGCCAACAGAACAGGGGACUUGUUUAGUGCUGCCUGCUUUGUACACACUUUUUUAUGUCAUGUUGCUUGAAGCCACUGUGUGUGAUGGUGUCACACAAACAAGUCAGUAAAUAGUGCUUUAUGUACGGUGAUGGCUCUCUGUUUAUGUUGUGCAUUUUUCACAAGAUGCAACAGGGUGGAAGAAGUGUAUUUUUUAUAAGAAAAAGCAAGUAAAUUUUAAGUGAUUUGGUUUACA